CUUAAGUUUAAUCUGUUACAGGAACUUUAAUGUAAUGCAACUAACAUACUACAAUUAAGUAGAUCUUUUAAGGAUAAUUACAUAAGCACAAAAAAAAAUACUGGUUCUCCAAGCUCUACUUUAGAGACCUCCACUCACCAAUGCCCAGAGCGGAGUUACAACAGUUAACUCAAAAAAUUAGCUGGCUCUUCCCAGGCAAUGGCAAGGAAAAAGUCUUCGGAUUAAAGGAGAAUGGAGGCUACGGAGUACUCGACAUCGACUUGCAACUCAGAGCCAGAAGGGCUUUAUACAUAUACAACACCCUCACCGACACUAAGCAUAUACACUAUGCUAUCCUCAGAGGAAAAUUACAGAGUAUCACCCCGGGUAGCCACGGAUGGUUUUGCUUCCUCAUGGGAGACAACUACUCCAGAACAUUCAGGGUGAAAGAACUCUGUCAACAUGGGGAUCUCACGGAAGCGGAAAGAGAAUACUUGAAGGCAUGGUUCUCGUUGAUCACCAAACGCGCGGAGGUCCAAGGGUUUUCAGAUAUGUGGGUAAGCAAAGAAGUGGUAGAAGACUCCAUACAAAGGGGAUGUCUAAGACUAGAAGAAUUCCUCGACAGCAUCCUAAGCUGGGAUGACCAACCCGUUACUGCGGCAACCUUCACAAGCUUAAGUAGACCCAUGAAAGAAUCCAAGGAAAAGGUACUCAUUCUGAGAAGCUGGAACGAACAUCUUCCAGACAUAGGCAAAACCGGAUGGAAAUCAUUUUGGAAGCGCCUCAAAACCCUUAGCUUUAAGUACCCAGGCCAGGGGCCAUCGACGGCAUACAACUAUUCAACCAUGGAUCCCAAAAUCAUCGCAUUAUCAAUGAACAGACAUGUCCAACAUGCCAAGCAGCUACCCCUCCGGACAUGAGGGCAGUGGAACACGUCUUCGUUAGAUGCCCCACAGCCCAGCAAUGUUGGGAAAUCCUCAGGAUACCAGAAGAACUC